AUGGGAGAGACAACUAAUUCAGAUAAACAUGAAGAAAAAGUUGAGAACAAGGACAAACCUGAGAAGAAAGAGAAACAUGAAGAGGCAGAUAACACAGAAAAAAAGGGAGACGACAAAGUGAAGGAAAAAAAGAAGAAAGACAAGGAUGGUAAAGAUAAGGAGAAUCAAGAAGAUGUUGGAAAAGAGAAAAAGAAAAAGAACCCUGAAGACAAAAAGAAUCCUGCAAAAUUGAGGGCCAAGCUUGAAAAAAUCGAUACAAAGAUUCAGGAACUGAAUAAAGAGAAACAAGAUAUUCUGAAAUUGCUUCAGGAAGUUGAAUCCAAUGAAGCAAAAACAAGUGUUUGA